CCAGACAAUUGUACUGAAAAGAUCUCCACUGGUCACUGGAUACGGAAGGCAAGCACAACAGCAACAACAAGGCCAUAACUCCAUAAGCACCGAAUUGUUAGCCUCGCACCUUAUCCCCCAUUCCCCAGCCUGCGCGUCCCAAAACCCAGAACUUCCACUUCUCCCCCAUCCCAUCAAUGGAACUCUCCCCUUCCCUCACCUCUCCCCUCCCCAGAUCAUCCGAAAUCUGCUUCUCUCAUUCCCUCUCGCCAUUCCCACUCCAAUUUCACUUACCCACUAAAAAAUUAUCUUCCCAGAAGGCCACCCGCGUCUUCGCCGUAGCACUAGAGUCACAGGAGCUCCCGCAGAACAGCCCCCAGCGGCUUCUCAAAGAGCUUCAAGAGCGGAAGAAAUUCACUUCCCCGAAGAAGAAACUCCCGCCUAAGCGCUUCAUCCUGAAACCCCCGCUCGACGACAAGAAGCUCGCCGAGAGGUUCCUCAACAGCCCUCAAUUGUCCCUGAAGCAGUUCCCUCUGCUGAGCUCUUGCCUGCCUUCUUCCCGUCUGAACAAUGCCGACAGGACUUGGAUGGACGAGUACCUGCUGGAGGCCAAGCAGGCUUUAGGGUACCCUUUGGAGCCGUCGGAAGGGCUCGCGGAUGAUAACCCAGCGAAGCAAUUUGACACCCUGCUGUAUUUGGCUUUCCAGCAUCCCAGCUGCGAGAGGACGAAUGCCAGGCAUGUGAGGUCAGGGCAUUCCAGGCUGUGGUUCUUGGGGCAGUAUGUGCUUGAAUUGGCCAUGUGUGAGUUUCUUUUGCAGAGGUAUCCCAGGGAGUCUCCUGGGCCGAUGAGGGAGAGGGUUUAUGGGUUGAUUGGGAAGAAGAAUAUGGCUAAGUGGAUUAAAGCUGCUAGCUUGCACAACUUGGUUUUCCCCUACGAUGAUAUUGAUAAGUUGAAGAGGAAUGAAAGAGAGCAGCCGGUCAAGUCAGUGUUCUGGGCUUUGUUUGGGGCAAUUUAUUUGUGUUUUGGGAUGCCAGAGGUGUACCGUGUUCUUUUUGAAGUGUUUGGGAUGGAUCUUGAAGCGGAGGAUUGCCAGCCAAAGUUAAGAAGACAACUUGAAGAUGUUGAUUAUGUUUCUGUUGAAUUUGAAGGAAACAAGCUGAGUUGGCAAGAUGUGGCUGCUUAUAAGGCAAGCUCUACCUUGCCUCCAGCAGAUGCACUGUUUGCACAUCCGAGGCUUUUCAGGGCGUGUGUUCCACCUGGUAUGCACAGGUUCAGGGGUAACUUAUGGGAUUACGAAAGCAGACCCCACGUUAUGCGCACCCUUGGAUAUCCCUUGAAGAUGACAGAUAGAAUUCCGGAUAUUACUGAAGCAAGGAACAUUGAACUCGGGCUUGGAUUGCAGCUUUGUUUCCUGCAUCCAUCAAAAUACAAGUUUGAACAUCCUCGAUUUUGCUACGAGAGAUUAGAGUAUGUCGGCCAAAAGAUUCAGGACAUUGUUAUGGCGGAGAGGCUGUUAAUGAAGCAUCUAGACGCUCCAGGGAAGUUCUUGGCGGAUAGGCACAGGAGGAUUCUGAUGAACAAGUUCUGUGGGAGGUAUUUAAGGGAGAAACGGCUGCACCAGUUCAUGGUCUAUGCCGAGCAGGUCCAAGACAGAUACGAGCAUAACCGGAGGAUGAAGAACCCAACCACCACCUCGGUUCAGCAAGCUCUCCAUGGUCUGUCAUACACCGUGUAUGGGAAACCAGACGUCAGGCGCCUCAUGUUUGAAGUCUUUGAUUUUGAGCAAAUUCAACCAAAACCUGUGGGAUGAUUUUUCUUUUACUCAAUUGUUUGUAUAUGGGUGUAGCAACCCAUUUCCCGCAUCUGGAUGUAGAGGCUUUAGAGUUUUUUUGACAGUGAAAUUGGAAUAUAUAUAUAGUCUGCUUUGACAACCAGGUUUAUGUAAAUACGAUAGUCAGAGCACACUGCGCAUUUGUUGUAUGCAAGUGUGUCAAUUUCGAAUAAGUGUU